AUGGGCAAAAGAAAGGAUUCAUGGAGGCACGAUGAAAAAGAUAUUCUUUGCCAAGCUUGGAUCACCAUUACCACCGACGGUGCCAUCAGAACAAAUCAAUCGGCGGAUAUAAUGUGGGAGCAUAUAUCGGCCGAGUAUAAUGCACAAAAACCGGCAAAUCGCAUAGAGAGAUUACCGGAUAGUUAUAAGGCUCGUUGGAAGCUCAUGAGAGCUAGGUCGAUUUACUACGACAAAGUUGGCACGGAUUUUGUCUUUGAUCAUUGUUGUCGAUACUUGAAAAAUACUAUCAAGUUUGGGGAAACGCCUUUCACUGACGCCUUAAACUCGCGUAUUCCUACUCCUAUCAACUUGGAAGAAGAUGAAGCACACAAUAAUGAAGCGGAGCCAACUACAACAAGACAAACACGACCUCAAGGACAAAAAGUUCAAAAGCUAGCAAAGAAAAGAGGAAAACAACAAGAUGCGGAUGGCUUACGCAUUCAAAUGCAAAAGGCUCAAGAACAAAGUGAGCGAGAAUAUCUACAAAGACAACAACAAUUUGAGCAAGUUAAACAACUCGAGCAACGCGUUUCGGAUGAUCAUAUUAUGAUGGUUGAUCUAUCAACGUUAGAUACCCCAAGAAAGAGGGGUUAUUGGGAAAGGAGACAACAAAAGAUAAUUAAUAGGGAGGAAAGAACCUCAAGCAUCCCGAUGAACCCUCAAGAUCAAGCCCCCACCGAAGAUCAACCACCAACCCAAGGAGACAACCGUAACUUGGCCAAUUAUGUUCCGGUUCAUGAGACACAAUGGAUCAACUAG